AUGUGCAAUAGUGGUCUUUGCUGGGAUGAGAACCUUGUUAGAAUUCUAUUUCGUGAUAGUGAUGCUUCUGAAAUACUGAAUAUAAGAGGACUGAAUCCAAGGGGAGAGGACUUAUGGUUGUGUCAUUUUUCUGUGAAAGGGAACUUCUCAGUUCAUGCUGCCUAUCAUUCUAUGAUUAAUGAGAAGAUUUGUGUGGUGUCUGAAGAUCGAAUACAAUUGACCACAUACAUUUUAUGGUGGUUAUGGAGGGCGCGAAAUCUCUGGAUCUUUGAGCAAACUUGGCAAACAGAGAGGGAGAUUCUUAAAGCAGCAGCUAGAGAUUGGGGAGGCAAUGGCAAAUUGAGCAGCAGUGAUGAGAGUUAUGCUGUUUCCCUGUGUAUUGAGUUUGGU